AUUGUAUAAUAGAUUUUAAUGAAUUUCCCUUUUAAUAACCGAAUGCAACCAUGUAAACAUAAAAAGUGAAAUUUUCUUUAUACUUCAUUUCAUUUUCAGAGCUGCUAUCAUUUACAAGCUAUACGUUCAAGAGUGCAGACGUGAAAGUAGGCGAUUCGUUAAAAUCCCUAAAUAUUGUGGAAUAAAGAAAUAUUUUAAAUUUGUUUGUAAUUGAAACCAUAUUAAAAAAAAUUUGAUUUGAUCAUGGCUGGAGGAAAAGCUGGUAAAGAUUCAGGCAAGGCAAAGGCUAAAGCAGUAUCUCGUUCUGCUCGCGCCGGCUUACAAUUCCCUGUUGGACGUAUACACCGCCACUUAAAAAGUCGUACAACUUCACAUGGACGCGUUGGUGCUACUGCUGCAGUAUAUUCCGCAGCCAUUUUGGAAUAUUUAACCGCUGAAGUGCUUGAGUUGGCUGGUAAUGCUUCCAAGGAUUUAAAGGUAAAACGUAUUACACCUCGUCAUUUGCAAUUGGCAAUUCGUGGUGAUGAAGAACUUGAUAGCCUUAUUAAAGCAACAAUUGCUGGUGGUGGUGUUAUACCACAUAUCCACAAAUCGUUGAUUGGAAAGAAGGAGGAAAACGUUGCCGAUCCCCAGCGUAAAAACACUGUAAUGCUGUCACAAGCCUAUUAAUUUUAAAUUUAAUUUCAUCUAUCAUUAUAACAAUUAAAAUCAGCAUCAACAACAUUUGUAUGACACACAAUGUAAACGUAAAAUAAAUUUUCAAUAAACAUAAAUAAACAUGAAA